UAUACUUGCUGGAGACUAAUUUGUAGCUGCUAACUAUAUUAUAUUAUAAUUUUUAAUUUAUAAGACGAAUAGCCCGACCGAGCUUUUUUGGAGCUGAAAAGAGAAGCUAGGUGACAGAAAUAUUAUUUGUACCCAUCUGUUUUUGAUAUCGACGAAGACGGGUGUGUAUUCUUAAAAUGAAAGGCAUAAUAAAAUAUUAUAUGGAUUAUAACGAACCUCGAAAAUCAUAGCACCGAAACGGCGCACUGCUAUAACGACGAUGGUGUGGCAGUCAUCGUCCAGGCUGCGACAACACAGACUGCAUAUGUGGGCCACGUUGGUGUACUGGAUGAGCAAGGCGACCGGGGUUUUGGUGUUAACUGAGACCGCUGUGGGUCACCGUGAGUUCAUGGCGGCCGCGGCGUCAGACGGCCGAUGGCGGUGGGCCGGAGCCCGUGCAUGGAACGUGGUCUGCCUAGCGGCCGUGGCGCAUCGCAUCGCCGUGGAAACGUGGCCCGUCACGGUGCAGGCCAUCACGCACCUACCACAGGCCUCGUGUUACGAUACCGUGUGCGGCGGAGUGUGGUGCGUGUACGCGUGCGUGUACUACGCGGUCGCCUGGCUCGACAGAGUGUCGGAGAUUUGCGCGUUGGCAGCGGCUGUCACGUGGAGACAACUGUCCACGGUGGAAUGCUUGAAUUCAGCCUCAGCUGGUUGCUUGGACGACGACGACGACGACGACGACGGUGGCAUCCGUGCUGGGAGACCGUCGGCGUUCAACAUACCAUGGCACGCGUAUCUUAUCGUGGCGUUUCCAGUUGCUCAGUUAGCGAUGGCCGCAAACCUGAUAUCGAUCACUCACAACGGUGUGUGGCGCGCCGUUAUGGCUGCCGUGGCCGCGGCGGCCAGUUGCGCGCCCGUCGCGGCACACGGCACCGCGGCCGCCCUGCUAGUCAUGGCCAACAACAGCAUGCGAUCCAUCAACUGCCAGAUAACUCAUCUGUUGCCAGUUGGACGGCUACGUCAAGUCCGAUCCUCCGGCGACGAUCUUGACGCCAAUGACACCAACAUCGACGAGAACUGUCGCCAACGAGAUGUCAUCGUGCAGCUGGCUCGCAGACACUGGCGGAUCACUGGGCUGGUGACGGGUGGCGUGUGUGGCGCUUACGGCGUAGACCUCAUGACGGCCGUCCUGUUGGCUGCCGUCCGCGUCACGUACGUUGCCAUAUCGGUGUUCCACCGGUUGACCGACGACUCGGAUGCGCGGACCAACAUGUCGCUGGCUGUCGUCGUGCAAUUGAUAGCGUGGUUCGGCCAGUUUGCUUACUUGGCGUACACGUGCGACGAUCUGGCCGCUCAAUCAAGUGAAAUGUUUGACAAUUUAAAUACAUUGUUGUUGGAAAUCUUUAAAGAAAGUCGACUAUCUGGAGAACCAUACAUAAGUAAAAUGCAAGAAAUUGAAGCGGUUCAAGAGUUCAUGCGUCAAGUAGUAGCACGCAAAGUCACCGUACACGCAUGCGGUGGUUUAAUAACGUUAAAUCUAUCUCUCAUAACCACGAUCAUUGGAGUCACGUUAACGUAUUUUAUUGUUUUAUUGCAAUUUGAAUCGUCGCACAGUAGUAGUGCUCAUAAUGACACAUACACAUGAUUCAAUGAAAAUUAUUGUUGUUCAAGAAACUUUUCCAUAAAUCAUACAGUAUUGACGUUUAGUACUUUAGUCACCGAUACUUGUACUAAACGAAUAUAUUAUAUAAAAGCAACAAUAUAUUACACAUUACUACUUCUAUACUACUCAAAUAUUAUAUGAGACGAAUAUAAUUGAUACUUUACCUCAUAUUGCCGCGAAAACUUCAUCAACUGCUGAAAAAAAAGUUUUAUCACGUUUGGCUAUGCGAUAACAUAAUCAUAAUAACAAAAAUGUUUGAUCAGAUAGCAAUUAUUAAAUUACUUAUACACAAUAAUUCAUUUUGCCCAUAGCAUAGAACAAUAUCGAUUUUACAUUUUAUUGUUAUUUGACUUUGUA